GAUCCUGAAUAUUUUCGUGUUUGCAUCAGAAUGUUUUUUAAACAUCAGAUGUCACUACUUGUAUGUUGUUUUGAAAUAAGUGACUCAUAUCAGAAGAACCGUUACGCUAUCUAGUUUUUGCUCAGCAGGUUAUCAAAAUUCUAGGAAUUGUUCUUUGUUAGAAAUCACAAAGAAAAUCAGACCACUUCUUCUCUGUCUUUCGACAUGGCAGCAAGUAGUAGACACAGCACUCUAAAUAAGUCAGAAGUUAUCGAAUAUUUAUUCAAUAUAGGUUCUGAUGAAUCUGAAUUUUCAGACAGCAACGAUGAUUAUAUACCAGAUCAAAAUGUAAGUGAUGACAGUGGUGAUUUUGAUCCUGAUUUACCAUCUACGAGUGGAUAUAGAAGCAGAUCAUGCGGCAGUACUCGAAGUAAUACUGCUAAAUGUCCACGAUUUAGUAGUGACGACAAAUGGAUUCCUACAAAUUUCAGAUGUCCUCAAGUGAACAGUUUUACAGGACCAUCAGGAAUACUAUGUAAUCUACAGAGUGAUGCUACACUGUUUGACUGUUUCAGUAUAUUCUUCGAUGAUGAACUCGUUGACAAGAUUGUUUCAGAAACGAACAAGUAUGGUGAUAGUUUGCUAAACUGUAAUGAUUUACGAGAGAAUAGUCAUAUAAAAAACUGGAAACCAACGACAAAUCCAGAAAUUAGAGAAUUUCUAGGACUUAUAAUGGUCACAAGCAUAAUUAGAAAACCGCGCCUAAGUAUGUAUUUUACAAUUGAAGAUCUUUUUUCGACGCCUUUUUUUUCAAGUGUGAUAACGAGCAACCACUUUCAACUUUUAUUGUCUUGUCUGCAUUUUACAGACAAUAAUCAAGCUUCAGGUGGUGAUGAUCGACUGCAUAAAUUACGCAGUGUUAUUGAUCGUUUAUGCUACAAGUUCAAAAAUGCAUAUCUCCCAGAGGAAAAUAUCUGUGUAGACGAAAGUCUUAUGCUAUGGAAAGGGAGAUUGGUAUUUAGACAAUACAUACUGAACAAGCGUGCUCAUUUUGGAGUGAAAAGCUUCGAAAUUUGUAAGUCACAAACAGGAUAUGUUUGGGACUUUAUAGUUUAUAUUGGAGCUACUACUGAAUAUGGAAAUUUUGAAGGUGGGAAAGGAGAGAAGGUUAUGCUAACCUUAUUAGAACUAUUGCUCGAUUUUCGUAUGUCUGUAAUCAGAGAAGUGAUAGAGAAGUAUCACACAAGCAGACGUCUAGCCCGCUGCGGUCGACCAUCACACAAAAAUCCAUUAGGUUUAUCCGAACGGCAUUUUCCUAGUCUCGUACCACCUACAGAGAAAAAAAAGCAUCCAUCCAGA